AUGAGUAUCGACGCUGCAAAUUUAAUUAAAGCUGCUGUUCCAGAAGCAGAAGGGCGAAAUGUACGAAUCAUUUCGCAGAAUGUAUCAGAUCACAGAGAUCCCAAUUUUCUUUCCAAAGAUUUUCCGCGACAACCUCCAAAAUUGUACUUAACAGCAGAGAGUGAUGAGUUUGACGCCAUAACUAUCGCCGAAUGGCAAGCUGAAGGAUUUGACGUCGAAUACCUCCCCAUGGGUAAUGGUGGAGAUGAAUACUUGCAAAAGCUUCGAGGACUCCGAGGAAAUGAGAUGGGUUCAUUUGAGACUUUCGGCAUCGUUGCAUACGGCGAUGCUGCGGCCAUGUGCCUCGAGCACUACCAUGUUAUGGAUAAUAAUCCUGAUUUCAAGCUCAAACUACUCAUUGCAUAUUAUCCAACCGCUAUUCCAGAUCCAAAGGGCCAUUUCCCAAGCAAUAUCUCAGCUCUCGUACACUUGAUUGCUGGGGAAGACGUCGGCGUCACAAAGCAGUCACAAAUGAUUGGCAUUCAAGGCAAACGACGUACAACACACAAGACCAUACAACCCGGAAUCGGUACGGGCGGUUUGCUUCGUCUUGCAUAUCCCGGCUAUACCUAUCAGGCACAGCCUGGAUUUGCAGAGCAUGACUUGGAUGAGUAUGAUACGAUAUGUGCGGAUUUGGCAUGGAGUCGCAGUUUGGCUGCGGCAAGGAAGGCAUUUGGACAGACGGUGGACUUGGAGCAAAUUUGGGAGGAAAACCUGCAAGGAAAGUUCUUCACCCACAGCCUUAACCCUACAAUGGCCAGCUACACGACACAUAGGAGUCCGCAUGUGACUUACAUUCCUACCUUGACUGGAGGUAUUGGGGCCGACGAACUCCAGGAAUUUUACUCUCAAUAUUUUGGGAAUCCAAAGUCGCUCAAAUUAACUUUAUUGUCUCGAACUAUUGGAGCCGACCGCAUCGUUGAUGAAAUUCACGUUCGAUUCAAGCACACGCAAGAAAUGCCUUGGAUUCUGCCAGGAGUUCCAGCCACACAAAAGCGGGUUCAAGUUCUUGUGGUUAGCAUUGUUACUAUGAGAGGAGGAAAGUUGUACCAUGAGCAUGUAUACUGGGAUCAAGCUAGUGUCUUGUUCCAAAUCGGAGCCCUAGAUCCUGAUGUUAUACCAGAGGCAGCUCGGAAGAUCGGUAUUAAAAAGUUGCCAAUUGUUGGAAGCGCUGCGGCAUCAAGAGUACUGAAAGGGUGGGAUCCUGAGCAGGAAGGAGAGGCAGACAAUGACUUGAUAUCUGGAUGGCACGAUGGCGAAGGAAAGUCGGAAGAAGGCUAG